AUGCAGAUUCAGAUUCUUCCUGUAAUCUUUGCCAUCUUGGCCUCCAACCUCGUCGCUGCCGCGGCCACCCCUGCAGUAAACCCCGCUGCACCUCCCGCCGCUGCUCCCGCCGCUGCUCCCCCUGCCGCUGCUCCCCCUGCCGCUGCUUCCCCCGCCGUUCCAGCUCCGUCAAAGCCUCCCGUUGCGGCUCCCGCUGCUGCUCCCGCUGCCGCCCCAGCUGCCGCAAAACCUGCCGCAAAGCCUGCCGCAAAGCCUGCCGCCGCUCCAGCUGCCGCACCUGCUGUCCCCCCCGCCAAUGAUUUCUGCUCCCAACAAAUGCAGGCAUGCCUCGCUACUUGCAAUGGCAAAGUGAGAUACACAUAUAGCCCGCUGUGGGCGGCUCGCGAGGUCCGCCUCUUGAGGCUGUUUGCCGGGGCAGACGACGACGAGUUGUCCGGAGAAUUGUUCCGCAGCUGGUCAAACUGCAAAGACAAAACGACCCCCAGGCAUUUCUACAUAACCAAGAGUCCAAGACUCAGCAAGACCACGUCCAAUGGCCUUAACACGACGCUCAAGAUGCUCGGCUACGCGCCGUGCCACAUGUCAGGUGACCGCAUGCUAUCCCCGUAG